AUGUCUUCGAGAAAGGCGGGAAAAAAAAACACAAUGAAAGAAAGACGACAGGGAAGCUAUUCCUAUCUAUCUAGCUAUCUAUCUAUCUAUCUAUCUAUCAGGCCAAAUAUAUUCCUAUCUAUCUAUCUAUCUAUCUAUCUAUCUAUCUAUCUAUCUAUCUAUCUAUCUAUCUAUCUAUCUAUUUGGCCAAAUAUAUUCCUAUCUAUCUAUCUAUCUAUCUAUCUGGCCACAUAUAUUCCUAUCUAUCUAUCUAUCUGGCCAAAUAUAUUCCUAUCUAUCUAUCUAUCUAUCUAUCUAUUUAUCUAUCUAUCUAUCUAUCUGGCCAAAUAUAUUCCUAUCUAUCUAUCUAUCUAUCUAUCUAUCUAUCUAUCUAUCUAUCUAUCUAUCUAUCUAUCUGGCCAAAUAUAUUCCUAUCUAUCUAUCUAUCUAUCUAUCUAUCUAUCUAUCUAUUUGGCCAAAUAUAUUCCUAUCUAUCUAUCUAUCUAUCUAUCUAUCUAUCUAUCUAUCUAUCUAUCUAUCUAUCUCUUUCAAUCUCUCUUUUACUCUCUCUCUAUAUAUAUUUUGCUUUCACUUUCGUUUUCGCAUUUAUUUAUGCCCGACAAAACGCCUUCAUUUCAUAUACUUAUUUCAUUACUGCGUGACUUCAUCAUUAUCAUAAACUUAUUCUUAUUGUUGUUGUUCUUCUUCUUUGUCGUCGUCGUCAUCUCUUACAACUACUACUACUACCCUUUCGCUUUUAACUUCUUAUUAUCCUCUUCUUUUUCUUCACCUUCCCAUUCGUCUUCCCAUCUGCUUCUCCUUUUUCUGUCUCUUUCUUUUCUAUAA